AUGUCUGGCGGAUGGAAUCCCAUGAGUGGCCGUGAUUCCAGAGGAACUCGGCCCAAUGGUGCUCCUGCAGGUGCUCCUAUUCCUACACAAGGUCAACCCUACAUCCCUCAUGUCGGCGGGCCCGGCUAUAACUUUGGUUUAGUUCCUACUCCUUACGGUGUCAUGUAUGCUGGCAGUGCAGCAUAUGGCCAGCCUGCCUAUGUCCUCCCUCAAGGACCGGUUGCAGGGUUUCAGAACCCACUGACCUAUGCAAACCAACCUAACGGUAACGGAAACAUCUUGGGGCGACAGGCACAGCCUUACCCCCAGAUCGAUACCCAAAUGCCUGCCGCGCAGAUGACCAAUUCUACAGGCGGCGUCGGCUGUGAGCCAGGCUAUAACUACUUCUUCCCUGCCGAGCACACCAAAGUCCACGUCUUCAAGAGUGAGACCCCGCCCUGGCAGCUCGAUGCCAACGCGCAAAUCCCAUUCAUUGCCUCUCAUGUCCCCACCAGCACUAAGCUGGGAGAUCUACUCAAGGGUUUCGGCUGCACUAAUGCAAACCCUAAGAAGAACAAGUGUUUCGAACUCUACAGCGGUGGAAAUGGGAAGUGGUACAAGGGAUAUUCCUUCAACGGAGACGAGGAGAAGGAGAUUGAGAAGAGCUUGAAUGAAGUGGGCUGGACCUCUGACCGCACCGGCAGUGACAGCGGCAAGCCUGUCGUCUGCCUCUGGUUCUGCAAGAGCUGA